UGUAAGACUAGAAUUGGUUUUUUAUUUAUUUAUUUUUAAUGUUCCCGAAUAUACAGUACAAGAUUCAUAAUAUACAUCUGCCAGAUUACAAGUACUGGGAGGACAGCAGUGAUGACUUUCGGCCACUGGAGGGUACACUGUUGCCGCUGUGGAAGUUGACUGGAUACAAGACCCGCAACUUGCAAGUGGCAGACAUCUGUUGGAGCCCUAUCUAUCCUGACCUUUUGGCUGCUGCCUACACACCAGGAAGCGGCAGCUUGUAUGAGGGGGGCGGACUCUUAUGCCUCUACACCCUGAAGAAUCCUGGCAUCCCUGAACGUUCCCUGCCAACACCCUGCGGGCUUACGUCUGUACAAUUCCACCCCACGGUAACGUGGGUGCCAACAGACCCAGGUCAAAACCUCAGCUUCUACUCCGUGUCAGAGGACGGCCGGGUGUCGGAAUGGACUGUACGGCCUUCAUCGCUGGAAGUUACGGACGUGCUGAAAUUCCAUGGGCCUGUUCAGUCGUUCAGAAAAUCGCCAGCCUCAGCCCCGCUGCCUCUAGAGGAAUACUGUAUCUGCUUUGUAUACAUCAAACACCAUGUCAACACGUCUCACAGAGCCAUGAAAUUGCCGCCUGAUGUAUUUGAUGAUCUGGUGAAGAUAAUCAUCAAAACUCUUGCAACAGGCAGAUACAGAUUGCCUCCAAUAUUUAACAUGUUCCUCGUGGGUCCGAGUAUCAGUGUACAAAACCAUGAGGACAUUUCUUUAGACAUUCGUGUGGUUGUUCCCUCUCCUCACUACCUCCCACUGGAUUAUGUUGCCGUCAGACACAGACUCUCCCCAGGUCGCAUCUUCGUCCUUCAGCCUCGCAAUCUCUUCAUUCGGCCACACAUUUUCGCCCCUUACCUUCUCAAGCUCAGCCUUCCGGGAGGAAUAGAGCUGUUCCCAAUUCAUAUACACACACUCACUUCACUGCCUGCAGGAACAGCAACGUGUGUAGCAUUCAAGCCUGAGGACAACUCCCUGCUGCUGGUGGGUGUGGACACAGGCGUUGUGUUGGAAAUACGUCUCUCAUCAUCCAAUUAUGCUCACACCCGCUACCCUGCCCACACCGCCCCUGUCAGAUCAAUUGUUUGGAACGGCCACCAUCACCAGGUGUUUGCUACUUGUUCCUUGGACUGGAUGCUCAAAAUUUGGCUGCAGCACUAUACGUGCGCCCUUGUGACACUAGAUCUGGGGGCCCCCGUGGCGGAGUUAACUUGGUGCCACUACAGCAGCAGCGUCAUCGUCGGUGUGACGGAGGACGGCCGUGUUCAUGUGUACGAUCUGUUCCUUCGUAAAUGUCGGCCACUGUGUGUGCAGAACCUGCUGCAGAGGCGACGCUCACGGCUAGUGUGUGUCGCUCUCAGUCCUUUUCACCCCGUCUUGUUGGUGGGUGGGGACAGAGGCUACCUGGUUACCCUCAAGCUGUCGCCCAACCUGAGGAGGCCCCACAAGGAAGCAAAAGGGGCCGACGAGGUCAAACUGAAGGAGAUUGAAUUGUCUAAGAUGGAUAGAAUUAUCGCCACUACCAAAACCUAAAUGAAGAUAUUUUUGUCUUGAUUGUAUAUUCUUUUAAUUAUUAUUUUUUUGUGAUUAAAACCAUCAGUGCGAAA